UUAAACUGUUGACCAGCAAAGCUUCAUCUCCAAUUAGGGUUGGAGAUCUCUCAAUUCUUCUCGAUUCGAUACGAUACGGUGCAGGGCGAAGAGCGAUCAACAAUGGCGAUGAGGAACUUCUACAACGAGAUCAAGGGAUUGAAGGUGAAGGAAUUGCCGGCGCACCUCAAGCCCAUGUUUUCCAUCAAUUAUCUCAAGAACACCGUCAAGCGUGGCCUCGACAAUUACCACGCCAAAUACAUCGAGACCAGCUCUGCUGAUCCUCUCUAUCACAUCUGCUUCGGAGGAAUGGCUUUCUCUUACCUCGUCGCCCUUCCCGAGGAGCGUCGCCACCUCGAACACAAGCAGAAGCACGGCGGCCAUUAAUUCCCUGCUCCUCAACCAAAUGGGAAACUUUCGAGGAACUGGGAGAAAAGCAUUAGAAGCUUCUUUGCAAUUGGUUUUCUUUUUCUUUUUUAUGCACUCUCUUUGGAUUCUUUCUUGAACCUAAACAUUGAGUGAUGCCAUAUUGAUAUGAAUAAGUUGUCGUCGUAAAUCUAGCUGGCAUCCAAAUACUUGAGUUUGAUUUACCAUUUUGACAGCUAAGAUUGGGAUGCCAUGGCAACAUGCUUUUGGCCCUUCUCAUUACCAGAGGUUUUUUAUGCUAA